GCGGCGUGCGUUUUCAAAAAAUAUUUUCCUAAUAUAAGUCAUUAAAUACUUACUUGUCCGUUACAAUAAAGUGGUGUUUAUUUAAAAUACAACCGAUAAAAAAUGGCCAAGUUUAAAUUAAAGAAGCCAUCAAAACGUCAACCAGCACGUCUUCGCUACAAAAUCGAAAAGAAAGUACGCGAUCACAAUCGUAAGCUGAAGAAAGAAAGCAAAAAGAACCCCAAAUCUAAAAAACCUAAGCCCGUUCAAAUCCCAAAUGUAUGUCCAUUCAAAGAAGACAUUCUUAAGGAGGUUGAAGCCAUAAAGAAACACAAAGAAGAGGAGAGACAGAAAAAGAAAGAACAGGCUAAAUUGGACAAACAAAAGAAAAAGGAGGAAAAAAAAAGUAGUAAAGUUAGCAUGACUAGUUUGGUAGCAAAUGCAGAAGCUCGUGGCAAGGUGCAUGAAAUAUUCAAGAAUAAUGACACAGCAGCAGAUGAUGUUGAACUUGGAAAAGGCCGGACACAGGAAAACUCUCUUAAAACUUAUUACAGAGAGUUCAAGAAAGUCAUUGCUGAAGCUGAGGUUAUUUUGGAGGUUGUUGAUGCUAGAGAUCCUUUAGGCACACGCUGCACGCAAGUAGAAGAAGCAGUGCGAGAGUCAGGAAAACGUCUGGUGCUAGUAUUGAACAAAGCCGAUCUAGUCCCUCGACGUAACCUCGAGACGUGGCUCCAAUACCUGCGUCGCAGCGCACCGGCCGUGCCUUUCAAGGCUUCCACCCAGGAUCAACAGCACAAUUUGGGACGAAGAAAGAUGAAACAUAUAGUAAAAGAGAAGGAAAUGAAAGGUUCAGCAUGUGUAGGUGCAGAGCUGCUGAUGGGCUUGCUGGGCAACUACUGCCGUAACAAGGGCAUCAAAACAUCUAUCACGGUUGGCGUCGUGGGCCUACCCAAUGUAGGCAAAAGCUCCAUCAUAAACAGCCUUAAUCGGUCUAAAGCUUGCAAUGUUGGUAGUACACCUGGUGUCACUAAACAAAUGCAAACAGUGCAACUAGACUCGAAAAUCAAGAUCCUCGAUAGUCCGGGCAUCGUGUUCCACUCGGGCGCCGACUCCGACGCGUCUGUGGCCUUGAAGAACGCUAUCCGGGUGGGCGCUCUCAAGGACCCCACCACGCCUGCCACCGCCAUCUUGCAGAGGGCCAAUAAACAAACGCUUAUCGACCUUUAUCAGAUACCUGAGUUCACUACGCCCCAAGAGUUCUUUGCACAUUUAGCGUCACGCAUGGGCCGGUUCAAGAAAGGUGGAAUACCCGAUCAAGAGGCGGCAGCUAGGAUACUUCUCAACGACUGGAAUAUUGGCAAAGUGCGAUACUUCACGGAGCCUCCAGAAUCGCUCGAUUCCGAUAUCCACAUGGAAGCAAAAAUUGUUUCGGCGAUAACGAAAGAGUUCGACAUCAACUCCUUUGAAGCUAUGGAGACUGAGGCCAUAAACGCUCUUGCUUCAAACGACACCGAUAAUGAUGCCAUUAAGAUUACCAGCACAGGUCCCGUAAAGGCAGCCCUCGAAGAUGACAUGCAAGUCGACGAAGACGAAUCCUCCAUUCUCCCCAAAACACUGAACAUUCGCUCCAAACUAGACAAGAACAAUAAAAACAAGGACAAAAACAAACACGACCCCGAAAUGUUAAUAGAAGGAAACACGAAGCAAAACAAAUUAAGAAAAAUACAAUUCAAAAAAGACAAAAAGAAAAGGGCUAAGAAUGAAAAACAUGCGGUCGAUCUUGCAGGCGUUCUAGAAAAUGUAACUUUAACCACGAUAAAGAAAAAGGAUGAUUACGACUUUAAGACAGAUUUUUCUAUUUAGUAGCAAGUGUACAAUUACAG